GCAUCCAAGGGCUCUUUGAUUUCGCUGCGCGAUUUCCCUUCCAAAUACACGAAUCGAAUCUUCGACCGAUAUGGCUUUUUUCAUUUUUCUAAAAUCCGCGGACACAUAUGGUUGGUUGGACGAUUGGAAAAUAGAAAACAGGAGCCACAGUUUCCGACACCCUAAUCAAUUGUGACAAAUGUGUCAAAACGACGUAUCCUCCUGUCAAAAUGGCAUGAGUGACAUGAAUUUCGGCCAAACAUAACCGCCACAAAAUUAAGAAUGUCCAAACCUCGGAAUCAAACUGUGAUCAUCCCUGCAGAUCAAGUCGUACCUGACGAAGCUCUAGUCAUAGAAAUACCCAAAACGUUGAGGAACAAGCCGGUCGUUAUAGCCCGAGCAAAAGAGGGAUCCCAGACGAGAAAUUGUUGCGAUGCCACCGACUACUCCAUGUUCCUGAGCAACGUCCAGAGCUCAAAAUCGGCACCUGGGAUCAUGGCUGGAGGUGUUUACGUUAGUUCUUACUCGCAGCACGAAGAUCAGUCAAUAUCCCGACCUCAUCCUGGAACACCUCCUUCACAUCAAAUGCCUACUUACUCGCAGACUAUAGCAGGUUCAGACAGGCAGUGCGGGAAUUUGACGGCGAAUAUCUUCAUGCAGACACCGAAAAAGCAGACUGCUGCUAUCACUACUUCUACGGAGUCUUUUGGUGAAUUCAACAAAUCAAUGAUAAUGGACAGGGACAGUGAUGAUGAAGACAACAAAGUCAAAACGAAGGGAAAGACGAAAGAGAAAGAUGUGCAAAUAUCGCCUCCAACUGCGAGUGAUAAGUUUUUCGAAAAUCUGACGAAAGCAAUUUUCACAAGUCCGAAACCUGAUGACUAUCAGACACUCUGCAUGAAAUGCUGUGAACAGGAACAGAACGCACCCCCAUCAAUUCCGAGAAGCCCAUCACCACCUGCACUGAUAUCUAGUACUCUUACGGACGACUGCGGGAGAUAUUGCUCCAAAGAAAGGUUAGAACCACCACCAGCACCAAUAUGUCCUCCGCGACCCUCAGCCGUCCCUUACAAGCCCUCAGUUCCAAACACUUCGCUAGCAGAUUCUAGCAAAGUUCAUUGCAGCAAGUGCUGCGCGUUAGCCGCUGGAAAUCUCCCUCUGACUACUGGACAUUUUAAAUGUAUACCAUCCAGUUCACAUCAUCGUCCUCCCAAGGAUGACGCACCAAGUCUUCUGACAGUGGAGGAGCUGGAACGUAUAAAGACGAAGUUCCUAGAGGCCAAGAUCAAGCUCAGCAACCUCAUCAAAUGUACCACACCACGCCAGGCUCAGUCAGCCAAUCCAAUAGGAUGUUCUGGAGGACAAAGCUUCAAAAAUGUUGCCACUCCUGUGUCGUCCGAUACAAGCGGACCUUGCCCGAUUUGUCAAGAUGCUGUGCAGGGGCCAUCGCAACAUAUUUGUCGCAGAUAAAAUAAAGUCAACUACGCUGUAAGAAAUUGAUUAUAAAUGUGAUAUGUUAAACUUAAAAAUAAAGUUAGAUACAGAAUCGUAAGUAUAAAUACAAAGAAA